AAAAAAAAAAAGAGAAAAAGAAAAGAAAAUUAAUUCAUUUCGUCUCUCCCUCCCUCUCUGUCUUAGCUUCUUCCUGUAUUUUCCAGAACUCUGUUGGCCGAAAAAGAAUGGGUGUACCAGAGACAGACCCGCUUUCUCAAUUGAACUUACCGCCGGGUUUUAGGUUUUACCCGACUGAUGAGGAGCUUCUUGUUCAGUAUCUCUGUCGCAAAGUUGCGGGGCAUAAUUUUUCUCUGCAAAUUAUUGGUGAAAUUGAUUUGUACAAGUUUGAUCCAUGGGUUUUACCAAGUAAGGCAAUAUUUGGUGAAAAAGAAUGGUAUUUUUUCAGUCCUAGAGACCGGAAAUAUCCAAACGGGUCAAGACCCAACAGAGUUGCCGGUUCCGGGUACUGGAAAGCCACAGGAACUGAUAAAAUUAUCACAACUGAAGGUCGUAAAGUUGGUAUCAAGAAAGCUCUAGUCUUUUACGUUGGCAAAGCUCCAAAAGGCACCAAAACGAAUUGGAUCAUGCAUGAGUAUCGCCUCAACGAAUCUUCUCGUAAAAAUGGAAGCACAAAGCUCGAUGAUUGGGUUCUCUGCAGAAUAUAUAAGAAGAAUUCGAGUGCUCAGAAGCCACUUUCAACAACAAGUGUUUCAAGCAAAGAACACAGUAAUGGUUCAUGUUCGUCUUCAUCGUCACACCUCGAUGACGUGUUGGAGUCUUUACCGGAGAUUGAUGAUAGGUUUUUUGCUUUACCACGGAUGAAUUCAUUGAAAAUGUUACAGCCUGAUGAGAAGAUAAACUUGAACAAUCUGGGUUCAGGGAAUUUCGACUGGGCGAGUCUUGCGGGACUCAACCCGGUGCCUGAACUCUUGUCGAGUGGGCAAACUCAGAGUCAGGGGAUGGUGAAUUAUGCAAAUAAUGACGUGUUUGUCCCUUCAAUGCCCCAGCUUUGCCAUGUGGAGUCUGGAAAGACCGGUAACGUGAUGGAUGACGAGGUUCAAAGUGGACAAAGAAAUCAUCGAGUUGAUAACUCAGGGUUUUAUCCGCAAAACUCGGGCGUUUUGAGUCAAAACUUCUCUAACUCGGUUGACCCAUAUGGAUUCAGAUACCCGAUUCAGCAAGGGGCAUUCGGCUUUAGACAGUGAAAAUACGAAGACAAAUAAAAACUCAGUCGAGUGUUGGAAUGUUUACCGUUACCAAGUAUAAAAACACUCGAAAUUUAUUUAAUACGUAUAAUUUGUGGAUGGUGAUGGUAAUUAUACGUAUUUGAUUGUAUGAUAAAGAGCCGGUCGGGUUGAAAAUAUGGGAGGGGUAAAUAUGUAUAUAUGGGAUUCUUUGGGCUAAUUGAUAUUUUGGCUAUAGAUAUUCCAGGGAAUUAAGGUGAAGUUUGAGGGGGAAUGGGGUUGCGUUGCAGCACCAAAUCGGCAAUAUUGAGUUGCCCCCUUUUUUGCUGGUUAGGUCAGUAGAUUCAACAUAGACAAGCACAAAAUCAUUGUACAAUUAAUUUAAUUUCAAUCUCAGAUUUAUUAGCAUGUAACUUUCAAAUUAUGUGGUUUGUGGGAUUCCACACAUUUCAUGUAUGAAAAUUUAAUCCAAUAUUUUUCGAUUAUUCUCGA